CGAGCAAGUCGGAAAAUGACAAGAGGCCCGGCUCAUUCCACCAGGUGACUGUUGGCGCUACUGUACAGCCCCUCGGAGAGCUUCCCUCCCCAGGUACAGACGUUCCUGCAGCUCCUCCAGCAUUUACUGUUACAGACAAGACUUCCUGGAAGAUGCAUAAACAAUAUGCAUCAGUGAGUCCGACUGAAGACAUCAGUGUGAAGACAGAAAAUGGACCUCAGCCAAAGAAAUACCGGUACAUACGCAAAGAAGGCAGCUGUAACGUUGUGUUCCGCCAUGUUCCCGAAGAGUGGCUGCUGUUUGUGACUGACAUCUUCACCACGUUGGUGGAGAUCAGAUGGAGGGUGAUGUUCCUGAUCUUUGCCCUAUCUUACAUCCUGUCCUGGCUCUUCUUCGGCAUCCUCUACUGGGUCAUCGCUCUCGCUAACGGUGACAUGAAAGACCACACAAAUGACCCCUGCGUGUACGAGGUGCGCAGCUUCACGGCUGCUUUCCUCUUCUCGCUUGAAACUCAAACCACCAUUGGCUACGGCUUCAGAGGAAUGUCAGAGAACUGCAUGAUUGCUAUCAUCGUCGUCACGGUGCAAGAUGUGAUCAGCUGCUUCAUCGACACGUUUGUCAUCGGAAUCGUUGUCGCCAAAAUGGCCUCGGCCAGAAAGAGGGCGCAGACGGUGGGCUUCAGCAACUGUGCAGUCAUCAAUCUUCGUGAUGGUUACUUGUGUCUUUCCUGGAGAGUCGGCGACUUUCGCAAGCACCACCUGGUGGAGGGGGUGGCUCGUGCCCAGAUUGUCCGCUCCACGGUGCAUGCCACAGGGAAAAUGGACGUGACCUACGAAGAUCUGGUCAUCCAGCAGAGGGAUGUCAUCCUGGUCACGCCCACUACUGUCUUCCACAGGAUCGAACCCGGCAGCCCUCUGUACAAGAUGAGCUUGGUAGAUCUGCGUAAAGCAGACUUCGAGCUGGUGGUUUCUUUUACCUACACGGACGACUCCACGGGUAUGCUGCAUCAGACCCGUACCUCGUACACUCCAGCUGAAAUCCUCUGGGGUCAGCUGUUCCAGGAGAUGAUCAGGGUCAGCAGGAGGAACUACAGGGUGGAUUACACCUUGUUCAAUCACACCGCCAAAGUGCUGGUGCCUGAGGUCAGCGCUGAGGACUAUGAACACAAGAAGCAGCUGCGGCCCUCUCCUCGACAUUCCCCGCGACAUUCCCCACGCCCUUCCCCGCGACAUUCUCCUAGAUCUUCCCCACGCCCCUCUCCGAGGUCACAGCGGCAAAAUCAUCACGUAAAACUACUGAAACCCCCAAUGCUAACUGUGGAGCUUGUGAAUGAUAGUCGCCCCGAACCAACUGAUUCAACAUCUCGAGCAGACAGUCAACAUCAAGACAGUUUGACUCUGCCAAAUGACCUCGCAAGUCCAGGAAUAAAGUAUGAUGUUUGAGGCGGUCAGACAUUGUCCAUUUCUUCAAAGAAACCUAAGCUAAAGACGAAUGUUAAGGUUGCUACUGAAUCUCAUUCACUGUCAGAAUGUUCAAAGUUGUGGCAUCUUUGUUUUUUGUGUAAUUUUUGUUUAAAGUGACACUCGAGCCAAGAUCUGUCCUCUGAGUAUCAAACCCUUCAUAGUUUAACAAGACUAACACAGGGCGCAUGGUAGCAAACCUGGUAGAGUCUUUACCGCAGUGGCCCGAGUUCAGUUCCAACCUGUGGCUGUUUGCUGAAUGGUGACUAAGACUAAUACCACCACACGAGUGGCUUUGUCAGGCAGUGCUUUGAGCUAAAUGCUAAUGUCAGGAUGCUAACAUGCUCACAAUGACAAUGCUAACAUUCUGAUGUAUAUCAUGUAUAAUUUUUACCAUGUUUACUAUCUGUGUUAGCAUGCUAACAUUGGCCAAUUAAAACAAUGGAAAAACAAAUGGACAGAGGAGACUUGCAGUUAUGCUGCAGGGGCAGUUUGAGAGGUUUAUGUGGAUGUUUUGAUUAUUUUUCCCUUCAUUAAAACUGCUCACUGUUCGAAUUUACUGUCACUGGUGUAGAUUUAUGCCGACCGCAGCAGCUGCGUUCCUUCAGUGACGAAACUACAAGAAAGAAAGAAUACAACACCUGUAAUGUACAGAGGCUAGUUAUUUGGAAUAUAUAUAUAUAUAUAUAUAUAUAUAUAUAUAUAUAUAUAUAUAUAUAUAUAUAUACAGGUUUUAAUAAUUAUAAUCUUUAUAGGAUUAUUGUAACAUUUAGAUUUAUGUUUAUUAUCAAUAAUGAAAGAUAUAAGUGGAUAAAAUAAUUGCUUUUACACUUUAUAUGGACCUUGAAGUGAGAUUGUUUUGUCAACUGCUGUUUCCAAGGUCAAAAAUGAACUUUCAAUCUCAACCUGAAAGCAAACAGUCUUUAAAACGUUCAGAAAAGAUCACAAGAUCCAGACGGAAGCUCCAACACAGCCACUGAAUGGACCUCGUGGUGAGGUGGUUUCGUCAACUGUAUUACUGUUUAUAUUCUGUGUAAAAAGAAAUUAUGUAAAGAAAUAUGAGAUUAGACCAAAACUUUAGAGUGUGAAUGUAUGUAAAAAAAAAAAAAUAGGGUCAGAAGUCAGAGGGUGGACUUAAGGAACGUCCCCUAUUGUGAGUAAAGUCAGCAGAGUUUAUAUGAAAAACAUGUACGUUUUCUUCAUGUUUGUGGUGGUGGAAUCCCAUUUGUUUAGUAUCAACCAGAACGUCACACAGAAAUAAGUGAACUGAAUAAGUGUGAUGAAGCUUGUUUAUUGUCUUAGAUUUUUGUAAAUGACAAAUAAUAUUUUACAUCCUAGAAUAUGAGGAUCUGCUGUAACAGACUGAACAAGUGUAUUUCUAAUAUUGCUAAUAAAGUACCAUCAGAUCAGAUUUUUAUAAAUAAGGCAAUAUCAGUGUCAACAAUUUCAAUAAAGUGAUGUUUAAAUGUC